AGCAAUUCGACCACAAAUUCACAAAACAUUUUGUUGUGUUCUUACGCAUAUAUAAGAUACAGAAACCUCCAAGAACACAGUGUGUAUGCAUUACAACUGCGACAUGACAGACAAAUUUCAAAUUGUCAACUUUCAUCACAUCACAUUCUGGGUCGGAAAUGCCAAACAGGCAGCCAUAUUCUAUUGUACCAGAAUGGGAUUUGAGCCAAUCGCUUACAAGGGUUUAGAAACUGGUAGCAAAUCUGUCGUGGCACAUGUUAUAAAACAAGGAAAUAUUAUCUUUGUAUUUAAGUCAGCAUUAACAUCAGGAAACAAAGAAAUUGGUGAUCACCUAAUACAGCAUGGGGAUGGUGUCAGAGAUAUUGCAUUGACUGUGAAUAACUGUGGUGCCCUUAUUGAGAAUAUUAAAGAAAAUGAAGGAAAGGUUCUAAAAGAUACUUGGGAAGAGUCUGAUGAAAAUGGCACUGUAAGAUUUGCCAAAGUUGCUCCAUAUGGUGAUACAACACAUCUACUUGUGGAAAAUCUCACGUACAAAGGUAUAUUUCUCCCUGGAUACAAGGCACCAAUUGAAAGUACGGGUCCAAUUGUCGCCAAACUACCACAGGUAAACCUGGAAUAUAUUGAUCACAUUGUUAGUAACCACACUUUAAUGGAACAAGCAGUUGAAUGGUAUGAAAAAAAUUGUAAGUUUCAUAAAUUCUGGUAUCACCAAUUGUCUACAGAUAUUAGCGGUUUUCGUUCCACCGUUCUUACUAAUCACAGUGAAACAUUGAAAAUAGCAUUGAAUGAAUCUGUUCCGGGUAAAGGAAAAAGUCAAAUUGAGGAAUAUGUAGAAUAUUAUGGAGGUGACGGAAUACAGCAUAUCGCAUUGAGCACAUCGGACAUCAUAACAACAGUUGAACGUCUUAAGGAACGUGGCACAGAGUUUCCAUAUGUGCCCGCCUCGUAUUAUGAUAAUUUAAAAGAGCGCAUACGACACUUGAAGAUUAAUCUUUAUGAAAAUUUGGAAAAGCUUGAGGAACUGAAUAUUCUCGUUGACGGCCAAGAGGAUGGCUACUUAUUACAAAUAUUCACAAAACCAUUGCAAGACAGGCCAUCAUUGUUCAUGGAGAUAAUUCAGCGGCGUGGUCAUUCUGGAUUUGGAGAAGGCAAUUUCAAAACAUUAUUUGAGGCAGUUGAAAGGCAACAACAAGCAAGGGGGAAUCUAACCAUUCUUACUGAGAACCAGUCCGCUGGUAAACCAUUGAAAAUGUUAAAAGACUUUGGAUCAGACUAUGAUGCUUGA